CAAGAAAUGCCGAUCCAGCAGCCUCGGUGGCGGGAGGAGGAAGAGGGAGGAGGAAGGAGGCAGCGUAGUGUAAGGAGGGAAUAGUGUCAGUGGGAUGGUCCGGAAAUCCCGUGAUAAAAAGAGGGAGUAGAGAAAGUAAGGAGCUGGCGGCUUGUCCUUCCUCCGUUGCUGCCUCAUCGUGCCAGGACCCUGUUCAAAGGAAGAUAACUUCUCGCGCCUGCUCCUGCCUAUGCCCUUCAAGCGACGCCUUUGAACUCCCGAGGAACACAUGGACCCGGCUAGGAACGGGAGGCUGAUUUGCUAGGAAAGCCGGGAAAGGACCUUGUCUCCGUAUCUCAAGGAGGGGAGAGAGGACGGCAGGAACCCAGACGCUGCAAAGAAGCUGCAGGCUGCAACUCAAGACCUUGUCUCCGUCUGAAUUGCAUGUGAGAACUGCUCUGGUGGGAAGGAAUCUAAAGCCAUCACCAUGGAAUUUGUAAUGAAGCAAGCCUUAGGAGGGGCUACCAAAGACAUGGGGAAGAUGCUGGGUGGAGAAGAGGAGAAGGAUCCAGAUGCUGCCAAGAAGGAAGAAGAACGACAGGAAGCCCUUCGGCAGCAGGAAGAAGAGAGGAAAGCUAAAUAUGCCAAGAUGGAGGCUGAAAGGGAAAAUGUGAGGCAAGGGAUUCGGGAUAAGUACGGAAUAAAGAAGAAGGAAGAAAGAGAAGCAGAAGCCCAGGCUGCUCUGGAAGCCAAUGCCGAAGGGAGUCUGACACGUCCAAAGAAGGCCAUCCCCCCUGGCUGUGGCGACGAGGACGAGGAGGAAGAGGAGAGCAUUCUAGACACCGUUAUCAAAUACCUGCCUGGUCCCCUCCAGGACAUGUUCAAGAAGUAAAUGGCUACAGACUGCCAGUCUGUCCAUGGACAGUAAAGGAAAUGGAUUUCCCAUUGACCAAAUGGGGAAUUUAUACUUGCCACACAUCACGCAACCUCUCCCCACCCACAGCUCCAGCCCCUUGCCAUUUACUCAAGCCCCACCCCGACCCACACCCUCCUCCCUCUCCCAUCCAUCCCUUAAUUUGUACAUAUUCACAUCUAGUCGAUGCCUCCAAGUGGAUGUAAAGAUGAAUGAGCUGCAGUCUACACAACUUUUUAUUAUUAUAAAGCCAUAGUUCUGCGUAUGUUAAACAGAGGCAGGUGUACAUUAAGCAGAGGAAAGGGACUACAGCAUGCUCGUUUUUGUCUCCCAGCAAGAGGGAGGGUUCACCCACAGUGAAUGAUAGGUGUCACACACACACACACACACACACACAACCUCAUUUACUGAAUUAGUAACUAACAGAGAAUUAAGGCACCCAUUAGGAUGCCCUUUAUAGGUCUAAGUUGAAAGUACUCACUGUUUUUGGAUAGUAUAAAAAAAGAACCACCUUCCUCUUUUGGGUGAUGGGGGCGGGGCAAUGCCUGUGAAAUUCUUCCCCUGUCCAAUAACAUUGUUCACCCUCCUUCUCUCUUCCAACUGACUUGGUUUGCCCUCAGCGACAUCACCACAUAGACAAAACCGAUCCGCUGCAUAAUGUAGUAAUAUUGCCAUGUUCCCUGUGAGAUGCUUGAUUGGCUGGGAUCACUUACAUGAUUAAUCUAAGCAACAUUCCUCUCUUAGAUUUGUCCUCAGCGAUGCCACCAAAAUGCCAAGUGUGAUUGGCUACAUAGCAAUAGGGCAUUGUCCCAGUGACCAGCCUGACUAACCCCAGAAGGCGAUAGAGGCAGGUGGAAGUGGCAGAUAAGCAGAGCAGCUAAGGGAACAAUGGCCAGUGUCAAAAACAAUGAGGGCCAUGAAUAUAUUCACAACCACUGCUUUGGAACAAAUAUUUCAGCCUCCACAAAUCACGACUUUUGGCCCCAAAAUGGAAAUGGGAGGAUAUUCGGCAAAGCCCUGCCCUUGUAGGGCGUCUCCAGCCCAGCUGAAAUGGAAACACAUGUUUGUUUUCUGCUAUUCCCAUUAUUCCUCGUCACUGAUAAGAGAUAAUGUUGAAACUGGACCAUUCACUGCCCAUAAUUCCAGCCCAGAUGUCAGUGGAAGAGCUGCAUUCAACUGCACUUUAUAAGAAAGCAUCUACGUGCCUCAGAGUCUUCUAGGCAAGGGUCUCGUAGCCUUGAAAACAGCCAUAAUAGGAAGCUAGCGAGGAAAUUUCUUGACAGCACAAUCCUAUGUAUGCCUGUCAGAAGUAAAUCACAAUAUCAGAGAAUUGUGAAGUUGGAAGUGACCUCGAGGGUCAUCUAAUCCAACUCCCCUGCAAUGCAGGAAUCACAACUAAAGCAACCAUAGCAGUUGGCCAUCCAACCUCUGCUUAAAAAUCUCCAAUGAAGGCACUUUUAGUAUGGUGAAAUUUACUCCUCCCGGGUAAGUGAAUAUAGAACUGCAGUUUUGGCUUGCAAUGUGCUGCCUUCCCUUUUUAUCUUAACAAAAGUCGGCCAGUACAUUUCCUCUAAUCUAUAAAGUCUCCAGCUUGUUUGGAGACACUUGGAUCAUCUGCACUAUCCAGUCAACUCACGUGGAAGCCCUCAAGUUGUUUUUCAUGGCCAGACAGGGAGGGCUAAAGGAACCAUGCUUACUUGGCGAUACAGGGGGUCCCUUCACUGAAUUUCCAAGGUCUUAAAAAGCGAAAGCGCACCUCUAAUGCUUUACUUAACAGAGAGACUGGGAGCAGGAGAAGUGCACACUACAAUAUUCCACCCUGUUGUUCAUUUCAAAGCAAACCUGCUCCAAGGUGGCGGGUACUUGUCACUUAAACAAUUAUUAAAAUGUAGAUAUGA